CUCUUAGAACUGCUUUGAACUGGGCAGCAGCCCAGAGAGAAGAUGGAUGCAAAAGAGCAAGAAGGGAAGGGAGCAGGAAAAUGCCUUCCUACUGUUCAGGCUGAGAGUGGGGGAUUUGGUGAAAGAACUGGGCAGAUGAUUCUGGAACAAGACACCUUCACUUUGGCUGUACAGCACCAGCUGUUCAGGAAGUUCUCCUACCAGGAGGCCAAGGGACCCCGAGAAGUUUGCAGCCAACUCCACCAGCUUUGCCAUCAAUGGCUGAAGCCAGAACAGAACACGAAAGCUGAAAUGCUGGACCUGGUGGUCCUGGAGCAGUUCCUGGCCAUCCUGCCCACGGAGAUGGCGAGCUGGGUGUGGGAAUGUGGAGCUGAGACCUGUUCCCAGGCGGUGGCCUUGGCCGAAGGCUUCCUCCUGAGCCAAGUAGAGGACAAACAGAAGCAGGGAAGGCCUGUUGAGGGAGAUGCAGAACAUCCAAGGCCAAGGAGGGUUUCCUGGGAGGAUCGACCUCAGGAUGUCUUAUCAGGGGAAGGUAUGACAUCAUUUGUACAUCUUGAAACAUCUCCUUUUCAUGGUGGAGCAGAAACUGCAGCUGUGCCCCCAGCUCAGGGUCCUGCACCAAGUCCCAUGUCCCUGAAGGAGGUGGCUGUCAAUUUCACGGAGGAGGAGUGGGCGUUGCUGGAUUCUGGCCAAAAAGCCUUGCACCGGGAAGUCAUGCUGGAGAAUUCCAGGAAUGUGAACACUCUGGCAGGAAAUGAGAAGGAAGAUGAGAACUACCAGGAACCUGAUACGGUGAUGUCACCAGCAAUCCACCCUGAACUGAGGAAAGAGACAUUUGGGGUUCCGUGGAGAUCACAAACACACCAGGAAAACCACUCUAAGCAUGAGGAGGAGAAAUCUUCAGGUUCUGGAUGUGCUGCAGUCCAGGCGUUUCUCCUGACCAAAUGCGUUCAGGGAAGAAUGAGAAAGGGGAAUUGGCUUGUAUAUAAAAAAAUACGCAAAGGUCAAGAAAUCCACACUGGAGAGAAGCCAUGUAGAUACUGUCAACAUAGAAAGGACUUUGGGGACAGCAGUCAUCUUCCUUCCCAUAAAAGGUUCCACCCUGGGGGGGAAAUAUAUAUGUGUGUGGAGUGUGGAAAGAGCUUCAGUGAAAAGAGAUCCUUUACUGGUCAUAAAAAGAGCCAUCCAGAGGAGAAACCACAUAAAUGCUUGGAGUGCGGAAAGAGUUUCAACUUGAGCAGUCAACUUACUUCUCAUAAAAGGAUCCACACCAGGAAGAACACAUAUACGUGUAUGUGUGGAAAGAGCUUCAGCAGGAGCAGUUCCCUUACCUAUCAUAAAAGGAUCCACACAGGAGAAAAGCCGUAUAAAUGCCUGGAGUGUGGGAAGAGCUUCAGUGAUUGCAGUGCUCUGUGUUCUCAUAAAAGGAUCCAUUCCUCGGAAAAGCCCUAUAAAUGCACUGAGUGUGGAAAGAGCUUCAGCAAGAACAGUUUCCUUACUUCCCAUAAAAGGAGCCACACAGGGGAGAAACCCUAUCAGUGCACAGACUGUGGAAAGAGCUUCAGCCAGAGCAGUCACCUGACUUCUCAUAAAAGACUCCACACAGGGGAGAAACCAUAUAAAUGCACUGAGUGUGGAAAGAGCUUCAGCCAGAACAGUCAUCUUACGUCCCAUAAAAGGCUCCACACUGGAGAAAAACCCUAUAAAUGCACCGAGUGUGGAAAGAGCUUCAGCAACAGCAGUUCCCUGACUUCACAUAAAAGGAGCCACACAGGGGAGAAACCCUAUAAAUGCACAGAGUGUGGAAAGAUCUUCAGCCAGAGCAGCCACCUGACUUCCCAUAAAAGGCUCCACACAGGGGAGAAACCCUAUAAAUGCACAGAGUGUGGAAAGAGCUUCAGGUUGAGUAGCGAGCUUACGUCACAUAAAAGGAUCCACACGGGGGAGAAGCCCUAUAAAUGCUGGGAAUGUGGAAAGAGUUUCAAACAGAGCAGUCAACUUACAUCUCACAAAAGGAUCCACACUAGGAAAAAAAAUGUAUAAAUAUAUAGAGUAUAUAUUUACUUUAGAAUUGGCAUAUAUUGUUGGCCUCAGGUCUGCUGUAUUGUGGUGUGUUUUAUUAUUGGUUCUUUUAUGUUUUCAGCCCCAUGUGAGCCACCUGGAAUUACUAUUUGCAAAUUGAGUGGCUAUAUAAAUUAUUUUAAUAAUAAUAAUUAUGAUAACA